AUGGCGCCGCCUGCGCGGCCGCCGGCGGCGGACCCGCAGCAGGCCGCGCUGGUCAAGCCGCGCACCAAGCGAGGCAAGCGCGUGCUUGAGAAGCGGGGCCCCAAGCUGGUUGAGGAUGCGAAGCGCGCCCUCAUCCUGUACGGCGGCAACACCAGCGCCGUCAUUAAGGACGUCCUGACUGACCUGCACAAGCUCAAGGGGACCGAGUCUGCGCGCUUCACGCGCAGGAACGACGCCGUCAAGCCCCUCGAGCCCGGCGGCGAGGCCGCUUUGGAAUUCUUCGCCCAAAAGGCCAACUGCAGCCUCUUCGCCCUCGGCGCGCACAGCAAGAAGCGGCCCAACAACCUCACCCUCGGCCGCCUGUUCGACUUCCACCUGUACGACUGCCUGGAGCUCGGCGUUGAGCGCCACCGGCCAAUCAAGGAGUUUGGCGGCGCCGCGUCCGCGCAGGCCGGCAACAAGCCGGCGGUGCUGUUUGUCGGGGAGCGGUUCGAGAGCGUGCCGGCGCUCAAGCUGGCCAAGUCGCUGCUGCUGGACUUUUUCCGCGGCCUCGAGGUGACGGCCCUCAACCUGGCGGGCCUGGACCGCGUCAUUGCGGUGUUUGCGGCGGGCGACACUGAAGACAGCCUGCUUCUGCGGCAGUACAGGAUCCGCCUGAAAAAGGGCGCCAACCCCAAGGUGCCCAAAGUGGCGCUGGAUGAGAUGGGUCCCAGCCUGGACUUGGUGGUGCGGCGCAGCAGGGCGGCAGGGGCGGACCUGGAAAAGGAGGCGAUGAAGCGGCCACAGAUCGGCAAGAAGAAGGAGAAGAACGUCGGCCGCGACAGCCUGGACGGCAGGGUGGGGCGCAUCUACAUGCCCAAGCAGACGCUCGACACCCUGGGGCUGUCCAAGCCCAAGGGCCUCAAGCGCGAACGCCGCCAGGCGGCCGCAGACACAAAGGCCAAGAAGAGCACAGGCGGCGGCGGCGCGGAGAGCGGCGGCCGGGGCGGCGGGCAGCGCCCAGCGAAGCGGAGAAAGGAGGCGGCGGCAGCGGGCGAGGCGGGCGGCUGA